CAUCAUUUUUUCGUUUUAUAUUUAAAUAAAGAAAAACCAAACUCUAAAGAAAAGAAAAAAAGACAACCUUUCAGAGCACAAGCUUCAUCAGAGGGUUUUGUGUUAGUAUAACACCUACAAAAGGAGUUGGUCAAGAGAACCAGCAAAGGAAAUAUAUUUCUCCUUUUUCUUUCACAAAACUACAAAAAAAAAAUAACCAAGAAAGAAAGAAAAAACGAAGAACACAAAGGAAAAAAAAAAUGCAAGCUGCUUCGCUCUCAAAGAAUUGGCGUUUUGAUAGUACUGUGGGUCCAGAAGACAUAGAUCCUUCUUCAUUUCAAGGUGUUACGUGCGCUGACUUUCCCAAAAAGAAAGGUUUGAGUGUAAGCGAGAGGAGGGAACUGAUCCACGCAUUGUCCAAGCAGCCAGAAGAAGCUUCAGAGCUUUUAAACUCAUGGAGCCGAGAUGAGAUAAUGAAGAUCAUAUGUGCAGAGAUGGGGAAAGAGAGGAAGUACACUGGUCUAGCCAAACCAAAACUCAUAGAAACCCUACUCAAACUUGUGUCUCGUCCUCUCGGAGAAACCUCUCGUCCUGACCGUAAAAACUCGAAAAAGAAACGGAAGACGACCAGUUACAUCAUUUGCUGCGAGAAUGUAGCUUGUAGAGCUGCGCUUGGAACCGAGGAUACCUUUUGCAGGAAGUGUUCUUGCUGCGUUUGUCAGAACUAUGAUGAAGAUAAAGAUCCGAGUCUAUGGAUUACUUGUGAGGCUUGUGGAGUGUCUUGUCAUUUAGAAUGCGCUUUGGAGCAAGAGAGGUAUGGGAUUGGGUGUGAUGAUGAUGAAGUAGGAAGAGCGCUUGAUGGUAGGUUUUAUUGCGUGUUUUGCGGCAAAGAUAAUGACUUACUCGGAUGCUGGAGGGAACAAGUGAAGGUGGCGAAAGAGACUCAACGUGUGGAUGUUCUUUGCUACCGUGUUUCUUUAGGUCAGAAGCUGCUGAGAGGUACAAGGAAGUAUCGAUAUCUAUUGGAACUCAUGGACGAGGCGGUGAAGAAGCUGGAGGGUGAUGUGGGUCCGUUAUCGGGUUGCGCGAUGAAGAUGGCUCGUGGUAUCGUCCAAAGUCUAUCUUCGGGAACUCAAGUUCAAAAGCUGUGUUCUCUGGCAAUGGAAGCUUUGGACAAAAUGGUCUCACCACCAUCAGAAUCUGUUUCAGGACAAGGUGACAAGUUGAGCGUGAGAGUGGAAGAGGUUCAAGCAAGAUCAGUCACUGUGAUAUUAGACUCCGAGGAGCCGUCUUCCUCACAAAACCAGACCACUGGGGUGGAGGGUGAUGAAGAUGAAGCUGGGAACAUGCAAAGCCUAUUGAUUAACUCUAGCAGUGGUCUUUGCAGUAAUCCAUCUUUACCGGAAGAUGAAUUUAACAAUGCCCUUAUACGCUGCUGCAAAGAAAAUGGGGACAAUGACAACAUUGAAGUAGAAUCUGAGCUUGAAGACGAGAGGCUCAUAAAAAGGAAAGUUAACGAGCCAGAGGGAAGAGAGUUGCUUGUUGUAACACCCUGCCGAAGAGAUGCUUAUAAGGGCAAGCAAGAAGGGAACAAAAGAUCCAAAUCAAGAACAGCAACCGUGAACGAGAAACCUGAGACCAAUGUAGCAAAUGGAUUUGGAGGAGAUAAUGACUUGGUUCACGUCGUCAAGACCAUCAGAUGCUUAGAGCAAGAAGGGCAUAUAGACAAGAGUUUCCGGAAAAGGUUCUUGACAUGGUAUAGCUUAAGAGCUACUCAUCGUGAAGUUAGAGUUGUGAAGCUUUUUAUCGAGACAUUCAUGGAUGAUCUGCCCUCUUUGGGACAACAGCUUAUGCAUACAUUCUCAGAUUGCACACUCAACAAGAGAUCAUCAGCAAGUGGUGUUGUACCUGCUGGAAUCUGCCUCAAGCUCUGGCAUUAAAAUCUCUUGAAAUCUCUCUCAAUUUUCUUAAUAUUCUAAAAACCAUAACGAUAUCUUAAUGUAACUUUGCUUCCUUCUAAUGUAUAGCGCAAAACUCAAAACGAA